GAGUUGCCACAAGGGGAAGUUAUGUCUUGGCAGCGGAAGUUGUGAUUUGAGUUCAGCGCGUGAACAAAGAGGAGCAGGAUGUUUGCGGGGCUGCCUGAGCUGGGGAUAGCCAACGGAGAGGACCUUAAAGAAACUCUCACGAACUGCACGGAGCCUCUGAAGGCCAUCGAUCAGUUCCAGAUGGAAAAUGGCAUCCUGCUGCCCACGCUGCAGUCUGCUCUGCCGUUCCUCGACCUCCACGGGACUCCUCGACUCGAGUUCCACCAGUCUGUGUUUGACGAGCUUCGAGAAAAACUCCUGGAGCGAGUUGCCAUUAUUGCAGAGGGGAAAGAGGAAGACCGAUACACAAAGCUUGAAGAGCUGCUGGAGAAGAGCUUUCCUCUCGUUAAAAUGACAUCCAUUCAGCCAGUAGUGAUGCAGGUGCUGAAGCAUCUACCCAAGGUCCCAGAGAAGAAACUGAAGAUGGUAAUGGCUGACAAAGACCUGUACAAGGUGUGUGCUGUGGAAGUGAAACGGCAGAUCUGGCAGGACAACCAGGCUCUGUUUGGCGACGAGGUGUCGCCCCUUCUGAAGCAGUACAUCGUGGAGAAGGAGGCAGCUCUGUUCAGCAGCGACCUGUCCAUCCUGCACAACUUCUUCAGUUCUUCACCAAAAACACGACGCCAAGGGGAGGUGGUGUCCAAGCUGACCCAGAUGAUCGGGAAAAAUGUGAAGCUGUACGACAUGGUGCUGCAGUUUUUACGAACGCUCUUCCUUCGAACACGAAACAUUCACUACUGCACGUUGCGAGCAGAGCUGCUGAUGUCUUUACAUGACCUGGACAUCAGUGAGAUCUGCUCCGUGGACCCCUGUCACAAGUUCACUUGGUGUUUGGACGCCUGCAUCCGUGAGAAGUUUGUGGACGGCAAGCGAGCCAGAGAGCUGCAGGGGUUCCUGGACGGUGUGAAAAAAGGACAUGAGCAGGUCCUCGGAGACUUGUCUAUGAUCCUGUGUGACCCGUUCGCCUGCAACACUUUAGUCCUGAGUAUCAUAAGGAACUUACAAGAACUGCUGAGUCAGGACGCUUUGCCUCGAGACAGUCCAGACCUGCUGCUGUUGCUGAGGAUGCUGUCUCUGGGUCAAGGUGCCUGGGACAUGAUUGACAGCCAGGUCUUCAAAGAGCCACGUUUGGAUUUGGAGGUGGUGACCCGCUUCCUGCCUGCCAUGAUGUCUGUUGUUGUUGAUGAUCAUACCUUCACUGUAGAACAGAAGCUUCCCAACGAAGAGAAGAGCUCUCUGUCGUAUCCCAUCACUCUUCCAGACACAUUCAUCAGGUACCUGCAGGACAACAGAGUGGCCUGUGAAAUGGGGCUGUAUUACGUCCUGCACAUAGCCAAACUGAGGAACAAGAACGCCUUGCAGAGGUUACUUCCUGCUCUUGGUAAGUGUCAUACCUGCGCUGCGAUAUGCACAAUGUGAGAGCGGCCGCUGUGGA